GUUUCAUGUCGUCCAUCACCUCCACCGCUUAUCGUAUUGGAGUCUUCAACAUGGAAGACGGCUUCAACCUGGGCGCCUGCACCUACCUUUUAUACGUCCUGACCCCCUUAAUGAUCUUGGGCGGCAUAUUGGUGCACCAGAGCUCCAAGACCUUGACCGGUGGGGUUCAAAGUCACGUCCACGGUCAGCCCACUUGUGUCAUCUUGGGUAACCAAAACCAACAGUAUCAGAACAUGCAGCAGCAUCAGAUGACCGCCUGGAAUGUCUACCCACCACCGACCGGGAACCCUGCAG